UGUGAAGAUGGGUCGUGUAGAACGUAUAUUUUGACUUUUGACGCUGGAUGUAUCUGUGUUCUUACAGGGAUUGGCUGUACUGUGAAGAGUAAAAAUUAGUCUCGAUCGGUACGUCUUUACUGUCGCAUCCGCGCGAAUAGGCAACAGCAUAUCUUGCAUCGGUGAAAGGGUGAAAAGUGAUGUUUAAGUGAAGAAUGUAUCUGGAUAGUGAUUUUCGUGUUGACUGGCACGGCGAUACUGAAAUUUGUUAAUAAACCAGUGGAAAUGUAAAUGCACCUGCAUGGUUUGCACACGAAAUGUUGCGAGAGCAGUUCGAGUUGAAUGUGACGUGUUAUACUUCAUUCGGAGGUUGACAUAUUCAUAAGAGAUUGUGCUUUGUGAUUCGUAUACAGUAAAAAUGUCAUUCUUAAAACGAGUGCGUAUCAUCAUCAGCAAGAAAAAGCAAAACAAAAUGUUUUGGAUUAAUUUGGUCGUCAUACCAAAGUUGCCAGAUGUCAGUCCAUGAAUCUGCGGAAUGUAAAUAAUACGAAUGUCAAAAUGAAAUUCUAGUUCGUUUUGUUGUGACUCGUCGAGUGGAAAUAGGUGUGUUUUGUAUGUACAUCGUUUGUGUGUUUUUGUUAUACGCAACAUGAAUACGGUGGAAAUCCCCUUCAAUGUUUUUACAACAAAUUUAAUUAUCGAAUCGUUUCCUGCUGCUAGGUUGAGCACUUCAUUGAGUAAACAAAUGAGAUUUACCUCCGAGAGAAGCAGUGAAAGCAGGAAGUAAUCAAAAAUCAAUACUGAUAUAUUCUAAACAAAAAUAUCGGGAGUAAAAAUUUGAAAAGCAAGUUCAACGUAAAGUGUGUAAUAAUCCAAAUUGGAGAGAAAGUAUAGUUCUAUGUGUUAAAAAAAUUGAUUGCAGCUAUUUUGUACUGAAAAUGAUGCAAUUGUGGAGUACCAUAUUAUUCUAGAAACAUAGUUGUACGAUGUUUUAUGUAUUCGAACGCAUAAUUCUCAAAGCGUGUGGCCUGCUCCGGUUAACUAGUGCACCAAAAUGAAUAACUGAAUUUCCGAUUAUUAAAAAUAAGGUGUUAUCAGCCUUAUUCGCCAAUAUUUAAACAAUCGCGAAGAAAGCCGUUCUUAAGAUUAUUCAAAAUGCAGGCCAAAAAGCGAUACAUUUUGGUGAUAAUAUGCUGUGCAUUUCUAGCCUACUGUUACUUUGGAGGAUACCGGCUCAAAUGGCUACAGAAACUGUUCGCGAUGAGUGUACGGAAGAAUCCCUCAAAACUGCCGCCUUAUCAUCAAAUGCACUAUCAGUUCUCGGAAGCCCUGGAACACCCGGUUGACGCUUCAUACUUGACGAAUCAUCAACUACGUUCCGCUUUGGAUGACGACCUAUACGCCUAUCCUAUCAUCGAGUCUAAAUACAUAGGCGAUUCUCUUCCGUCACAGCAUCGUUCCUGCCGGAUGGAAACGUGCUUUGAUUUUUCCAAAUGUUCCGAUCAAAACAUUUUAGUUUACGUUUAUCCUCCGGAACCCCUUAACUCUCUAGGAGCUCCUCCUCCCGUUAGUGCAAAUUACCAAAAAAUCAUAUCCGCUAUUCAAGAGAGUAGGUACUUUACGUCCGAACCGGAAAAGGCAUGCCUGUUCGUGUUGGGCAUUGAUACGUUAGAUCGGGAUUCGCUGAGUGAGGACUACGUGCGAAAUGUGCCAUCUAGAUUGCAGCGACUGCCACACUGGAACAACGGGCGAAACCAUAUCAUCUUUAAUCUGUAUUCCGGUACUUGGCCGGAUUAUGUUGAAAUCGGACUCGGUUUCGAUCCCGGACAGGCCAUUCUGGCCAAAGCCAGUAUGAGCGUUCAGUCUUUGAGACCAAACUUCGACGUGAGCAUACCGUUGUUCCACAAGCAGUUCCCUUUGCGCGGCGGAAACACCGGAUUCGUAGCUACCAAUAAUUUCCCCGCGAACAAGAAAUACCUACUGGCAUUUAAGGGCAAAAGAUAUGUGCACGGAAUUGGAUCGGAAACGAGGAAUUCUUUGUUUCAUCUACACAACGCUCGGGACCUGGUGCUGGUGACGACUUGUCGACACGGGAAAAGCUGGCGGGACCUACAGGACGCGCGAUGUGAUGAGGAUAAUCGGGAAUACGACAGAUACGAUUACGAGACUUUAUUACAAAACUCAACAUUUUGCCUUGUGCCGAGAGGACGUCGUCUGGGAUCGUUUAGAUUCCUCGAGGCGCUUCAGGCAGGCUGUAUACCGGUGUUACUGUCCAACUCGUGGGUGUUGCCAUUUCAGUCGAAAAUUGACUGGAAACAAGCAGCGAUCUGGGCCGAUGAAAGACUGUUAUUGCAGGUGCCGGACAUUGUACGCUCGAUUUCCGCCAGCCGCAUCCUAGCUUUACGUCAACAAACUCAAGUGCUUUGGGAGCGUUAUUUCAGUUCCAUUGAGAAAAUAGUUUUUACUACAUUCGAGAUAAUUCGAGAGAGACUACCAGACUAUCCCCAUCGGAAUGGACUGACCUGGAAUCAGUCACCGGGAGCCCUACUGACGCUUCCAACAUUCGCCGAUACGGCCCAUCGGUUUCCUUUUCUGUUGGAUUCCAUGGGUUACCGACCGGGCCCUAACUACACGGCCGUCAUCUUCGUCCAGAUCGGUGCACAACUUACACCAAAUACUGCACUGUACAAACUAGUCAAAUCCAUCACCAAAAGCCAAUUUGUAGAUAAAAUUCUAAUUCUGUGGGCCUGCGACCGAUCGGCACCGACACGCAAACGGUGGCCCUCGACAGGACACAUUCCACUACAUGUGAUAACCGGUGCGUCCAGCGAGGACCGGCCCAGCAUAUCCCAAAGAUUUUUCCCCCAUGAGCAGAUCGAAACGGAUGCAGUGCUGUCGCUAGACGAGGACGCUAUUCUCAAUACCGACGAGCUGGACUUUGCCUAUCAGGUGUGGCAGGACUUUCCGGACCGCAUAGUGGGCUAUCCAGCCCGGGCACAUUUCUGGGAUGAUUCGAAGAAUGCAUGGGGUUACACUUCCAAAUGGACCAAUUACUAUUCGAUCGUGCUAACGGGGGCAGCAUUCUACCAUCGCUACUACAACUAUCUCUACACUAACUGGCUGUCUUAUCUGCUGCUGAAGACGGUUCAACAGUCCUCGAAUUGUGAGGACAUUUUGAUGAAUCUGCUGGUGUCGCAUGUGACACGGAAACCGCCAAUUAAAGUGACCCAACGGAAGGGAUACAAGGACCGGGAAAGUGGGAGAUCUCCAUGGAACGAUCCAGAUCAUUUCAUUCAACGACAAAGUUGUCUGAAUACGUUUGCGGCUGUUUUUGGCUACAUGCCGCUGUUACGGUCCAAUCUCCGCCUGGAUCCGGUGCUGUAUCGUGAUUCAGUAUCCAACCUAAGGAAAAAGUACCGUCAAAUCGAACUAGUCGGCAGCUAGCGAUUCGUGUACGUUUACUAGAAGGCGUACUUUCCGUUCUUUUCUAGAAUUCGAUUCUUAUUUCGAAAACUUACUAUCAAUGAGUGGCACCGAUACACCCACUAACUAACCAGAAAGGGAAAAGAAAGAAAAAUUAUCGGUGAUCGAAAUCAGAGACGCAACAAAGAGCAUCAAAAUUAGUUCAAUAUCUUCAUCUGAGUAAUUUCGACACAAAUGGUAGUAAGUCCCAGUGGUGCGAUUUCCCGAACACAAAACAAUGUGACAUUCUCAUUCUCUGCCUAGCAGAAAUCGUGAGGAAGUUUAAAAGAUGCCUAGAAAAAUAAAAAAAGGAGUAUUUUGUAAUUAAUCGUAACUUUUAUUUUGUGUAAUUUCAAUUAAAAUGUUAGGAAUUUUUAACAACAGUACCAUCAGAAGCAAUGUUUCGAUAAGUGAACAGGAUAAAUAUUAGGAGAUACGAACCACACAGAAACACUCAAUCUGUACAGUGUAAAUCAAUUGAACAUUGAGACGAUAGUUGUUUGUUAUACGUAAACAAAUACUGACAUGAUGCUACGGAGGUCAUAUGGAAAAAUUUCGCUUUCGAAAUAUUUUAUUAUUGUUGUAAAUAGCAUACUGUAGGCCAAAAGCAAGAAAAUCAAGCAUCUUAAGGAACUUAACUAAAUAGAUACUCAGUCAUAUACAUUACGCAUACAGACGGUGCCGGAAGUUACGGUUUUAACUGCAAGGAUGUCGAGUAGAACGAAUUAUAUCAAUAAUGGAAGAUCGCCAUUUUCGAUAAAAACGGUAUCGGGUAGUUAGGUUGAUUGAUCGAUGAAGACGGAAUUCUGGAGUAAUAGUGAAAGUUACUACAGUAUAUUUGUUAUGUAAGUGUAAGUUAAGUAAAAUAUUGAUUGAGAUUUUAUACACGGAACUGUACGGCAAUAGAAAACGAUGUGGACAGAGAAAAACAAACGCAUUAAAAAUCAAGAAGAAAAUCAUGAACUUCUGUUAAUAUUUUUCAAAUUAAUAAUUCGGCAUUCAAAUUUUAUUUGAUCGUUUUACGAUCUGACUGAUUAGGAUUGUACUCGCAGAGAAAUCUAGAGAAUUUGGGAGAACAAAUUGAACAUCGCAAAAUAAUGUCCAUAGCAUCUACACGUUAAUGUUCCUUGUUUUAUUGUUGAUGUUAAUUGAUUACCAUUAUAACAAAGUUUACUGAAAUAUUGCAAUUGUACUCCAAUCUGUCUUUGUUUCUAUUAGAAGAAAAAAAACUUCGGUAAUGCAUUGUUUUAUUGACUUCUCCUUUCACUGAGUUCACUCUAUAAAAAAUUCUUCAAAAUCUGGAGCAUUGCGUAUUUCGUUCACUACUUAUAGAUUUCUUCAGUAUCUAAAUCAAUCAUCAAUCUGAAUCGAGAAAAAAACUGUGUCAAACGACUAUCAUAAAAACAUAUUUUCUAUCAAAUUCGUGCCAAUUGUUGUGUUUAAACAACAAUAAUAAAUCCACUUUUGAUCUGAAAUAAACAAGUUGUAUGUGUAUAUAACAGUAUUUAGGUGAAGCAAUAACGUCUAUGUUGUCACAUGUAUUAAACGAAGUAAUUGAAAAAGAUUUGUCAUUAGAUUGUGUUCCAAAUUGACUCUUUGAAUUUAUCAUUCUAUUUUUGUUAGUAGUCGGAAUAGUAUUCUGACAACACAUAAUCAAAUAUAUAAGAAUAUAUUCCAGGGUAUUUACACUAAAUAUUAUUUUGUUUCUGUCCAAAUGAAAAGUAUAGCAUUGCUCUAGGACAGGACCAGACAACUGGCUUCUUUAUUUUAAGCGGAAACAGUAGAAAAGAUAAUAAAGAGUUAUAAUCUGUAGAUCUAGAGUUCUACAUUUUUUCGAAUUGUUGCAAAACAAUGCUUUGCACUUCAUAUUUAAUUUAGAGGUUAUAGUAAACAGUUAUUAACUGAAACAUUGGGCUGGGGUCCACUAGGAGUCUAUUUUACUAAAUUAUCCUAUCAAUUUCCGUCUAGCUUCGAAUAAAAGUUUUAUUUGGAAUGUUUUUUCUUCCAUGUUAUUGAUUGUUUUUCAGGAUUAUAAGAACAAUGAUAAAAAUCAACUAUUGCGCAAAUCCGUUGAUAUUACAAGGUUAAUAACAGAGAUAACAUAUAUCGGUAUAUUGAAUACAUAGUAAAAAACGAGCUUAAUCCACCUAGCACUGAGAUGAUACCUUUUUUAUCAAUGUAUUUUUUGCGGUACUUUCUUCGGUGUUUUAGUUUUCAUGACAUUAUUCUAAUGUCCGUCGUUUUAAGUGGCAAUUUGCGAUUUUAAUCACUCAUUACUCUGUAAUGUCGAAACUGCAAAUCUAAAAGUGUAACAAUCGAACACUUUGGAGUUUACGGUAAUUUAAGGUACUUCCAGAGCCGGUAUUCAGGAACCAGCAUAAUCCAAACGGCCAUAUGACGAAUAAAUUGCAAUAUUUUUGAGUCCAAUUUUAAAGCUUUUCGGGAUUGUCAUCUUCGGAAGUCAGAAUUGGAUUUAUUUUAAUUUGAAUUUUUAUGUUUGAAAUUCGAUUUGGCUUUUUUUGAGAAAACGAUUGAGCUUUGAGAAACGAUUCGAUACUGGAACCGGAAUUCGAAAUUCGGUGUAGCCGAAGUCAGACAAAUUCAUCUGAGUAGCUGUAUAGUUAACAUUUGUUUCAAAAUGUUUGAAAAUCAAUGUAGACAUCUUUGAGGAAUCGUAGUGCGAAUUGAAUUUUUGGGUGCCUUCCGAAACGAAAACUAAAUACAACCAAAAAUGAAAUAAGUUUAUUUGGUUAUCGACUAUCCAAAUCUGCUACCCCAAAAACCUGAUUAAUUUAUGUGAAAUAGACAUUUUCAUACUAAUCACCCUGUAUCCCCGAAACCGGAAGUUUGAUCUGACUGAAAAGCAAGAUGUCUUAUAGAAUCUAAAGACUUUUCAUUUGAAUCUUAGAUAAUUCUUAGACUUAAUUUGAAUCUUAAAACGGUUCAGCCAUUUACGAGAAAAAUGAGUUACACAAUUUUAAAUUCAUUCCAUACGUCCUCCUGUAGCUCCGGAACCAGAGGUCGGAACCAAACGUAAUUUAGGAACCUUGUUUGGGAGCAUAUAACUUUUCAUAUAAAUCUGAGUUUGUAGAAAACGGUUGAGUCAUCUCCGAGAAAAUUGAGUGAAAUUAUUUGUCACACACGCAUUUGCUGAUCUCGACGAACUGAUUCGAAUGGUAUAUGGGUGUUAUGUUCUUCCAGCAUUUAUUGCUGUAAGUAGUUUAAAUCAAUAUAAUUAUGGAAUUGCUUUCAACUCGAAAAUUCUGCCAUCAUCUUGUUUACAUAUGGCAUAUUCGAACGAUUAUGUUGCCAAAAACGUGAUUAAUCCACCUAGCAGUGAGAUGAUACCUUUUUUUUUAUCAAUUCGCAUGUGUUUUUUGCAUGAAUAUUCUUCGGUGUUUAAGUUUUCAUUACAUUAUUUUAAUUACCGUCGUUUUAAGCGACAAUUUGAGAUUGUAAUCACUCAUUACUCUGUAAUGUCGAAACUGCAAAUACAAUCGAAUUUAAAUUUAGAAGUGUGAUAAUCGAUUAAACAUGCCAUGAUAUGUAAGUUCCACUUUAGAGUUUACGGUAAUUUAUGGUACUUCCAGAGCCGGUAUUCAGGAACCAGCAUAAUCCAAACCGAUUCGUAUGGCCAUAUGACGAAAAAAUUACAGUUUUGAGUACAACUUUGAAGAUUAAUUUGAUAAAAUUCAUUAAUUUUUGUAUGUAUGUAUAAAACUAAUUAAUUUUGUACAUAAGUUUAAUUCAAUUUAAAUUUUUAUUUCUGAAAUUUGAUUAGGCUUUUUUGAGAAAACGAUUGAGCUUUGAGAAACGAUUUUAUACUGGAACCGGAAUUCUAAAAUCGGUAUGGCCGAAGUCAGAUAAAUUCACCUGAAUAGCUGUUUACAUUUGUUUCAAAAUAUUUGAAAAUCAGUGAAGACAUCUUUGAGAAAUCAUAGCAUGAAUUAAAUUUUUAGGUGCCUUCUGAAUCGACAACUGAAUACCACUAAAACUGAAAAAAGUUAAUUUUUUUUAUCGACUAUCCAAAUCUGCUAACCCGAUAAACCUGAUUAAUUUAUGUGGAAUAGACAUUUUUAUACUUAUCACUCUGUAUCCCCGAAACCGGAAGUUGGAUCUUGAAACUUUUCAUUUGCAUCUUAGACGAUUCUUAGAUUUCAUUUGAAUCUUAGAUUUGUUCAGCCAUCUACGAGAAGAAUGAGUUACACAAUUUUGACUUCGUUUCAUAUAUCAUCCUGUAGUUCCGGAACCAGAGGUCGGAACCAAACAUAAUUCAGGAACUUUGUUUGGAAGCAUACGAGUUUUCGUAUGAAUCUGAAUUUGUAGAAAAGAAAUUUUCAGAGAAAAUUGAGUGAAAUUAUUUGUCACACACGCAUUUGCUGACCUCGACGAACUGAUUCGAAUGGUAUAUGGAUGUUAUGUUCUUCCAGCAUUUAUUGCUGUUAGUAGUUUAAAACAAUAUAAUUAAAAAAAAAUCUGCCAUCAUCUGGUUUAUUUAUGUCAUAUUCGAACGAUUAUGUUGCCAAAAACGAGCCGUGCUAAAAUCGGUCCGAGGCAAAUUGUCAUGAAACAGGAUGCUGUACACAGUCUUUUUGGUACUUAGAAACAAUUGUAUGUAACAGAAUAGAAAAUCGUGUUUUCCGUUGCUCCCAAGCAUUGCUUUGUCAUACAGCGCUCAAAACUCCUACUGCUGGGAUAGGGGGAAAAGUCGUUUACACAAAAAUUUCGAUAUCUCCGUUAAAAAUGGACGGAUUUUAACAAUCUAUGGCUUGUUGAAUAGGUAUUAUCGUGCGGAAUUUAAGUCUGAAAACAUAUUCUGUUUUCAAGGUCAAUUGUGACAGAUACUGUCAAAAAACUGAAAAUUUUGACAUAAAACUUCGAAUAACUCAAAAAGUAAACAUCCGAUCUCAAAACCAUUCAAUAGCAUUUUGGGUGACGGGGAGAACUUUCAUUUGCGACUAGUUUGAUCAAAAUCGGUCCAGCCAUCUCUGAGAUCUCGACCUCUUAGUUGACAACACACAUACAGACACAUACACACACGGUUAUUUGCUCAGUUCGUCGAGCUGAAUCGAUUGGUAUAUAACAUUCGGCCCUCCGGGCCUCGGAAAAUUUUUCUAAAGUUUGAGCGAAUUCUAUACCUUUUUAUAUAUCUAUAAAAAAAGGUAAAAACACACACUAAAUAGUUCAAACAAUAAAUUAACAUUUUUCUCGGUAGCCGGCUGCUCAGAUCAACCAAUAUAAUUAAUUAAUAAUUUUAAUAAAUAAUUAAAAUAAUAAAGAGGAAAUAAUAAAGAACCAAUAAAAAAUAGUUUUUAUUCCUUACGCGAUAGCAUUGCAAAUUUUUCUUCGGUGUCCUCGAAUAAGAGCUGUGAACCAAGACUUUCCGGGACUUCAAUAUAGGAUAUUGUUGAAACGUUCACUCGGAAAAUCAGUGAGUUUAGUGGUGCAUCUGAGCAUCUUGAAACCGGAACAUACGGAGUCGCGCGCGAAUAAUAGCAAUACUGAAAUUUUUUCUAACAAAUAUCCUUCUCCCGUGACACUUGUGGAGUGCGCAGUAGUAUAUACGGCCUCUAGUAACAACAAGUGUGGGACUAACAUCCCUUCUCAUUCCUUAGACGAUCUACGUUCGGGCCUGGCCGACGCCGGUACUGAUCCAUGAAUUCUGGGAUUACUAGAAGAUGUACAUUGAAGGAUGAUUUACUAUUCCCAGGUCGGAUCAUUUAGAAACUCCCUGUACAAUCCCGAUCAGUAACUGAGUAGCAACCAGGGGUGGUCGCUCAAGCUCAAGCUAUAGUAAACAGUUAUUAACUGAAACACUUAGUAUCUUUCAAAUUAAAAUCAAAAGAAACCAUUGCUGGCGAUCCUGACAACACUUUUAUUGGACCCUGCAGCAAUCUUAAUUGCAAAUUCGAGUACUAGUUUAUACCAAUUUCAACUAAUCGUGAGCUGGUCCAAAACUGACUAUAAAUACGGAUGUAUAAUUGUCUGGUUCUGUCCUAGGCAAUGCUUGACUUGUUUGAGAUAUCAAUUAGACAUCAAAUUAUUAGAAAGAUAUUUCUGUAUUUUACCUUAUAACUGAAAUUCUUUAAUCUUGCCUACUAUCGAUUGACUCAAACGGUUGAAAAGGAUAUCCGGGGAUAAAAAUAGAGUUACAAGCAGGGCUUUUUGUCACCUCUCUAUGGGGCACGCUAGUGCACAAUUUUUUGCACCCCUUCCACUAUGUGUUUAGGGGAAAAUAUUAAAGUCAUUUCUUGGUUCAUUGCUUAAAAAUAAAAUAUUUUUGUAAAAAACCUGUUUUAAUCCACCUAAUGGUAUAAUGAUGCCUUUCUCAUUUUCAUAUUCUCCUGUAUAUCACAGCAGAAAUUCCUCGAAAUACAACAAUUUAAAAAAGUUCAGAAAAUAGUUUUGAACAUUUCUGUUGCAUAAUACUACUACAUUGAUACAUUACAUUUGAAUUUAAGUUAGUGAAAAUCUAUUCAAUCACAUGUGAGAAAGUGAAAUGAGCUCCAUUUUAUCAUAUUGGGUUAUUAUUGCCGGUACUUCCGGAACCGAAAGCUGAAUAUCGGUAUACUGACAUUCGGUUCAUUCAAGCAUGCACUAAUAUGACCUACACAUUUUGGCAUAAACUACCGCUAAUCGGACUUGGAUAAAAUUUAGCAAAUCAUUUAUGGGACUAUCAAUGGUUUAUUUGGUUACAGAGUCUCAUGAUCUGCAAACUAGCGAAAAUCACUUGCCUCCCUAUCUCCGGAACCAGGGGUUUGAUCCGAAUGAAAAUUGGCAUUUAGUCUAUUCGUCUGUAAACGAGAAUGGGAAUUUUUAUUCGUACGAAUGAUGUUCGAAUACACGUAUCGUUCGUAACUUAACUGGCAUACAUUCUAGCGUUUCGCAUAUGGUUAAUCACAAUAAUUAGAGUGAUUUCAUCAUGGCUUAGCAUUUCACUAUUUUGUGGCUAACGAAUCACGUUCGAAUUCAAUCGAGUGUAAACAAGAAUGGUUUAUUCGUAUUCGUUUGAAAGUAUCCAUUCGUCGUGUGGUCGAUAUUGCCGUAAACAAGAAUGAGGGUGAUAAUUAAUCAUGAGUCCACAUACUUCAUAGGGUGAAAUAUGUUUAUUGGUGGCUUUUUUUAGUAGAAGUUUUAAGUUCAUCUGUGAAAAUCCCUUUUUGCAUUCUCUCUUCAUUCUUAAAUGAUAUUGAUAAUUGCUUGAUUAAAUAUAUUUUAGAGCACACGAAGGCAUUCUAAAGAUUUUUUUCUAAUUUUUGUCAGAAAACAAUUUUCUUAGAAAAAAAUUGUAAUCAAUUUUGGACCGCUCGAUUGUCGGAUCGAUUGAGCGCGAUAUCGGUCCGAUUCGUGUUUACGUCCUUCAGUUACAUCUGUGACAUUACCCGCCCGCCUUUUUGUAGGUAAAAGCAUCCCAAUCCUGUAGUUUUAACUGCGAGUACUAAAUCUCAGAAAAAUUAAAAUUAUUUUUCCUAAAUGUACAACUGAUCUAAGUAUCCACUCUGUAUUUUGAACAUUUUUACACAGUUAAAGCAGUUUUUAGAUUGACUCUAAUUUUAAAGUAUCUGUAAAUAUUUCUAAUGAAUAUUGUUUUAAAGCCAAAAUAUGUAGAUUAAAGAUAAUUUAUGCAACCGCAAAGCAAUUGAGAAAAGAAUGUGCGAAGGUGAAACAAGAUGAUUUCUAAUGCAAGAAGAAUUACAAACUGAGUUUUGUGCACAAGAGAAACAGAGAAGUAGAACGAUAGUUGAAAUAAAAAGAAAGUUGACGUUUGAUACGACUAGGCUAUUAUACUGAUUAAACUAAUUAAACUAAACGUAGUUAAACUGAAAUGGAAUAUACAACAACUGAAUAUCUGAGGAGUUUUGAUUUUAAAAAUCGAAAAACAUUUAUUACGAAAUGACCUGUGAAAGAUUAAAGGAGAUGAUGCCUAAUUUCGACUCAACGACAGGAGUCCAGUAAGCUAUUAAAAAAUGGCCAUAAAGCGCGUGCUAGAAGAUAAGAAAAGCAAAACAAAUACACUGGACGUCUUCCAAUCAGCCGUCUUUUAGUUGAAUUUACGAUAGGUGCUUUGAAAGUCUUAAGCAACCAUGACAAAGAGAAUGAACAAACACUCUAAGCAGACCCUGCAAGAAACGUGGGCAGCUGACCAUGCAACCGAAUCAAUCCAAUCAAUUCAAAUCCAUAUCCAUACCUUGAAGUUACAACAAGGUUGAAACUAAUACUGCAAUAACUGAGUAGCAACACCUAACCUAACCUAUAGAAAAUUGGAACCAAAAGCAUAAAACUGUAUCAAAUGUGUAGAACCCAGUGUACCAAUUCACUCAAAGUGAGAUUCGUGCUUAACUGCUUAGAACUGUAGAGCGAAUAAUCAAUGUAUUUCAAACUAUCAAACCAUCACCGAAAUUGUUGUUUAGAUGGUUAGAAACUAAUUUAAGCAAACUGUAAUAAUCAAGAACAAACUACUUUUGAUACUUUUCAAUGUUCCCUAAUUGGUACUGAUUGAAACAGGGAUUUUGUCGAAAGGAAACGACCAGACCAAAAUUCAUCCCAUCACCAAUUUUCGCUUCACUCCCUUCACCCAAUAUUGCGUAGCAAAGCAACUUUAUGUUAAAGAACGCAAACAAUAUCAUCGAACAGAAUUGAUUCCAUUUUGACACCCAACUGGUCUUAUUAGCUCCAUCUUUUUUCCAGCAUUUCAUCGAACUCUUUCUCGUUUCGCCUGAACGACUACUGACCAGGACACAAAAAGAGGCGGAAAAAGUUCGGUUUUGAUUGAUUGAUUGAUUGUGGCAUACUCGUUUUUUUCGUUCAUUGUGUUAACCUUCUCACUGUGAUCCAACCAUCAUUGCACCGCUACAACAUAAUCCGAUUGAUCAAUUCAAGCGGAAAACAUAAUUACAUAAAAACGCAAUUUAUUUCACAAAUCUACCCCGUGCUGUCGUCUGUCACCAUUCGGAACGCGCCAAAUUGCGCAGGGCUCCGAAUGCGGUUCUUUUUUGUGCCACUGUUCAGGUAGUUGGCUGUAUGGUUGCAAAUGCCAUUGCUUGGAGUUCGCUUUUCUGGAGGUGGAUGGUUUAACGUGACGCUGAGGAAAAUCCAUUUAAUACAUUAAUUUUUUUCAAAUCGCAUUGCCAUGUUUAAAAUAGUUGUAUAAAUUUAUUUAAUUUUUUUAUAUACACUGAGGUCUCUUUUAACGUGGGGAAUACGUAUGUCAAAAAAGCCGCGUAAAAAAGACCCCAGUGUAUUACCCAUUUUUAGUUGGGUUGACGAAUGAAGUAUAUUUUACUGUUACUUUCGGAAUUACAUUAAUAGUAAAUAUAUGAAAAAUUAUUUAGUUAAAAGAGAAAAAUGUCACCCUUUGUCCCGGAUGUUAGUCCCAUUCAGCGCAAAUUAUAUUAAGGUAAUACCAGAACAGCCGAAGAGUCGUUUUUUGGCAGCAAGUUGUAUGACCAUAUGGAACUGAAAUCCGAGUAGGACAGACCGGGGCUGGUUGGCCGUGUUUUGAUCUCGGAAAUUCUAUAUUCUUUCUGGUUAGACUUUUUUUUAUAAACGGUUUGUAAAUGUAAAAUGUUUAGCUGUAUUAAUUUCAUAAAAUAUUGGAAUCAUAUUCUUAUCGAUGAUUUCUAACUUUUAAUGAUUCUAAUCUCUUAAUUCUAUUUGUUAAUAAUUUUAAAUUAUUUUUGUUACAUAUUUCUCAUUAACAUUUUCCCUUGGAAUCUAAAUUAGUAUUCCGCAUUCCGUUAAAAAACGGUUAACAUUUCACCAAUAUUCAAGUGUUAAAUUAAAUUAAAAAAGUUAAAUUUACAAUUCGGCCAACCAAAACCUAGUGCCGAAAACAGAACCUAUUUACGUUUUGCCUUUCUCAUAUAGAAAAGUUAUGCAAUCGCUGUGAAAACCGACUAUACAACCGAGGCCCGGAGGGCCGAGCGUCAUAUACCAUUCGACUCAGUUCGUUGAGAUCACAAAAUGUCUCUCUGUGUGUGUGUGUAUGUGUGACAAAUAAUGUUACUCAAUUUGCUCAGAGAUGGCUGAACCGAUUUUCACAAACUAACUACAAACGAAAGGUCUUAAGGUCCCAUACAAACUUCCUGAGUUUCAUUUGGAUCCGACUUCCGGUUCCGGAAUUGUAGGGUGAUAUGCACCAAAAAAGGAAAAAAAUAGUCACACAUGUUUCUCAGAGAUGGCGUGACCGAUUUUCACAAAUUUAGAUACAAAUGAAAGGUCUAAUGGCCUCAUACAAAUUUCCUGAAUUUCAUUUGAAUCCCACUUCCGGUUUCGGAAUUACAAGGAAAUAUGUGCAAAUUUAUUAAAAAAUGCGCACUCAAUUUUCUCGGAACUUUCUAAACCAAUUUUCACAAACUAAGAAGCAAAUGAAAGGUCUUGGAAUUCUUUAAAGAGUCUUCGAAAAAAUGAUCCAGAUCCGACUUCCGAUUCCGGUAUUACAGUGCGAUUAGUGGAAAUUUUCAAUUUCAUGAAUAUUUUUUCACAAACGAUCGUGAAACGAGCACAUUUAUAUAAAACUUACUGCUAAAUUCAUCUAGUUGGCAAAUCUUGUAUGUAUACAUUGUGAAUAUAUAAAACUACUUUGGGACUACUAGCCCCCGGUUUCCGCUUCCGAAAGCACCGAUUAUAGUGAAGUAAAUCUCCAAAAAACGGAACUCAAUUCGAUUUCUCAGCAACGGUUAAGCCGAUUUUGAUGAAUCAUGAUUCAAAUUAAAGCUCUCAUUGUCGUUAAAUAUGCUGUGCAAUUUCAUCCUGAUCCGACCUCCGGUUCCGAAAUUAUAGUGCGAUGAGUGUCCAUAUGGACGGUACGUGCGGCUUUGUCCGUUCGCAGCGUGCUUUGUUCAACUUCGUAUAGCGUGCAGGGUUGCCAUAUUAAAAUUUAUAAUUUUCUGGUGAAAAAAAUAUAAAUUUUCUAAUUCUUUUAUUCAAUUUGUACCUACUUGUUAGUGUUAUAACGAUGCUUUUCUAUAAAAGUACAUUUAUUGCUUUUCUCAUAUAGAAAGUUUAUGCAAUCUCUUGAAAAAUUGACUAGUGUGAAUUAGCCAAGAGGGCUAAGUGUUCUAUAUUAUUCGACACAGUUCAUCAAGCUGGGCAAUGUACGUGUAUGUGUGUGAGGAUGUGUCAAAUAAUAUCACUCAUAAAAUAAAGUAUCUCAUAGUCCCAAAGGUUGCUAUUGAAUUUCAUCAUGCUUUCAUAUGGUAAAGUGUGUUUAAAAUUACACACCGUCAUUUAGAGCGACGGUGCAAAAAGAGGAAUUUUAGAUUUGGCUGAAAACUGAUUCAAUUUGUAGGCUAUAUUAGUUAUUUACUAAACGAACCGACUUCGACUAUACUGGUUACAAGUAAUGAAAAUAGUGAUCAAAAACUCUACAACGAGAUUCACUCAAUUUUCUCAGAGAUGAUUUGAUCGAUUCCCACAAACUUUGGCUCAAGUAAAAGUUCCCAUCGUCUCAUAGGUUGCUGUUUAAUUUCAUCCGGGUCCGACUUCCGGUUCUAGAUCUAUAGGGCGAAGAGUGUUCAAGCAUUUAGUGCGACGAUGCAAAACAAAGUAAAAUUCUUAUUGAUAUAACUGUUUACAAAUUGAAAAGGUUAUAUUAGUUUAUACCCAAAUAAAGUUUAUUAUUUUCACCCCGAUUCUGCAAUCCGACAGAUUUGUGAUACGAACGAAUCUACACUUUCGUUCGAGUUCGAAUUUGGCAUUCUUUAUUCCGUUCGACUUGUAUGAUUCGAUCGACUCUCGUUCGGAAACACUUGAAAUUUCGAACACUAACCAUCAAAGCUGUCAACAUUACUUACAUGUUCUAUAUUAUUUAUAUUAUUAAUUUCUUAGUAAACGAAACCGUCACACGAAUUAGAACGAUUCUAAACCGAACAUAAGUUAUACGUACGCAAGUCGAUCAAGUAAUGUUCGAAAAUUUAACAUCUCGAACGAAUGAUAUUCGAGUUCAUACCCAACUCGAACGGAAUGCAGAAUGGAAAUUGCACAUUUGAUCGGAAUAUUUCGAAUCGAUCGACGUACAGAAUAGGGGUGUUUAUUCUAGAUAGAGAACAAAAUUUCUUGGCAGAAUCAUCCAGUGAAAUUUUUGAAAAUAUAAAUAAUAUGAGAAAGGCAUCACUACACCUCUAGGUGGAAUAUGACAGGUUUUUCAAUGCGCUCAAUUUUCUCCAAGAAGGCUCAACCGACUUUCACAAGCUUAGGCUCGUUUGAAAGCUUCUCUUGGAUUGUGGAUAAACUUCGAAGGUCAUUUAAUAUAGACGAUGUUGGUCACCCUCAAAACGCCCAAACACCCUAGUAGGCUUGUUGGUAGAACAAAAAUGCACGGCAAAGCAAAGUUUUGGUAUUACAUUACUUUUGUAAAAUUUGGCCUUUCAGUUUCAACAGACUUCGCAACCGAUUCAUAGCGUACAGAAUCAAUGCAGAGCUAGUACUGCGAUCCUACUGAAACUAAGAAUCCUUCCAGAACAUACUACAACUGGCUUGUAAGACCAGCGCCCUGUACGGCACAGUUACUUCUUAUUCUUAUUCUUCGUAUUCUUCUUCUUUCUGGUUGGCGUUGUUCACAUCGGGUAAUCAAAGUUUGCAUUCUUCAACAUUUUACACUGUAAAAACAAAAUCAAUUGUCAUUUCAUCCAACCCCUGUGUCUGCGAGUAGUGAAUAAAUACCAAUAGAUACACACCCACUCAGAUAUCCUCUUGCACUAUCGUUACACCUCACCAUUACCGGCCAAUACGUAGAUGAAUGCUCGCUCUCGUAAUGCAAAAAUAAACAUAAUCAGGUUAUCGUCAGUAAAUUGUACAACAACGUUUAUCAGAGAACCGAGGGAGGAAAUAAGAUAAACAAAACUAUCGUAAAUCAACCGAACACAAAUCACUGUGCUAAUACCAUCUAGAAAUCUAGAAAUGUCUUGCAGACGUUAACUUUCUGAGCCCGUUUUGGUGUAAAACUAACUGAUAGCAGCCAUAUGAAUGCAAACGAAACAAGAAAACUAGAAUAAUUGUAAUAUAUUAUUGCAUUAACAUACACGAAUUGAACAUUUUUUUUUACAAAGCAACAAUUGACCGCGGAGGAUUAUUGAGCAAUUUUGCUGAUGUUAGUUGUGAGAUGAGAGGAAAUAGGACAAAUCAAUCACAAACCAAAAAAAAGCAGAGACGCAAUAUCGUGAAAUUUUGCGCUCGAAUUAUUUGUAUAUUGUUAUAUGAAUAAACAGAAAAAUUACAAAAAA